AUGAUAAAACUGUACUGUUUAUAUCUCUUGCUACUGAUAUCAAUAGUAUCUUUGUCUCCUGUGAAAGCAACAUCAGCAUCCUAUCAACCUGGCGAUGUGAUACCUCUAUACUACAACAAGCUAUUCUCUUUAAAGAACCCGUUUGCCAUCAGUGUCAACUCCUUGGACUUUAUCUGUCCCUUGACGCAAACGCGCGAAAGAAGUGUGCUAGUAUUUGACCAAGAUCUCAACGGCGAUCGAUGGAUACCGAGUGAUUACAAUAUUCACUUUUUAAAAGAUCAAGAAUGUCGAUUGCUGUGUGAAAAGUCUUGGCAAGUGGAAGAUACUAUUAAAAUAGAAGAACUUAUUGACAACGACUAUCAAGUAGAACUAGAAUUGGAUGGCUUGCCUGGAGCAACUGUAUCCUAUACCAAUGAGGCCCCUGAACAUAAUUAUAAAAUCGGAUACCCAUUAGGCUUCAAGAAGAAUGAUGGGUACUAUAUCAACAAUCACCUUGUAUUUCAAUUCUUGAUCAACACCAAAAAUGAGAUAAUUGGCUUUGAAGUAUAUCCUGACUCUAUCCUUUCCACAGAAGACUGUAUUAAAAGGACUGUAGAUUACAAUCAUCAAAAAGUGACAAACAGAAGAACACAAGUAUCCUUUACUUAUUCAGUCCAAUGGAAAAAGGUCAUUUUCGAUGAUGGAAAAAUACCCACCCAGCGCUGGCAAGCUUAUUUCCGAAGAUCCAACCUUACUCGACAUACCUUAGCUUAUACCAAUGGAUUCUUCGUUACUCUCAUCUUGUCUAUUUUGCUUGUCUUUGUUUUUCUAAAAACCAGAAAUUCAUCCUUCUUAAAUAGCAACAGCAGCGAUGACAAAGAUAAAGACCUAAGGGUCUUUGAGGAUGGCGUGGAUGAUUUCAUUGGGUGGAAGUUGAUCAGUAGAGACGUCUUCCGAAGGCCUGUUUACGGUGGCAUCCUAACACCUUUGGUAGGAUCUGGCAUACAGCUUGCGGUGGUGUUUAUUGGCAUGCUCUUGUGGUAUCAUAUGGGCUGGUUUCACCCCAUGCAACCACGCUCCUUUAUUCGUUUUUUUGUCCUUUUUUAUUUGAUCGGAAGUGUACCUGGAGGUUAUUACAGUGCGAGACUCUAUAAAGUAUUCAGAGGCAAAUCAUGGGUUUUGAAUGGAACCUUGACUGCUGCCAUGGCACCCUGUGUUUUAUUCUCCACCCUGAUCUUGUUUAGUAUGCUGGCCUGGACUCAACAUUCUUCCUUGGCUAUUUCUUUCGGAGGCUGGCUAUCCCUCUUCUCGCUGUGGCUUUUUGUCCUGUUUCCGCUUACGCUAGUAGGUGCUUAUUUUGGCGAGAGAUCAGACCCUAUAGAAUACCCUUCGCGAACCACACAACUCCCGCGUCCAUUACCUGAACUCAAAUGGUAUCAAUCCGAUCUUAUAAGAACUGUGUUGUGCGGUUUGAUCCCUUUUACUGUCAUUUUUCUACAGUGGCACGAACUACUUACUUUACGAUUCAUUACAGGCGGAGACUACAGUCAUGUAGACGAUACCCAUUUCUUUGCCAUGUCUCUGUUCUAUAUCACUACAGUGUCAGAAUUGUCUAUUCUGUUUACCUUUCUCAAACUCUGUACCGAGAAUCAUCUUUGGUGGUGGUCCUCUUUCGCCUGUGGUGCAUCAUCCUCUCUCUAUUUAUUCAGUUAUGGUGUCUUUUUGAUCUUUACUCGUUCACCCUUCGCCCUGACUGCCUCAUCCAUGACAUUGUCAGGGUGUUGUCUCUUCCUCCUCAGAUUAUUUAUGGAAUGCUUCCUCAUUGCCAUAGGCUCAGGAUCAUGUGGAUUUAUCUCGAGCUAUUUGUUUAUUAGAAAAAUGUAUUCUACUAGAAAGGCGGAUUAG